CACACCGCUGCCGUGCUGCUGGACCUACAAAGGACUGCUCGUAUGCUCCUGCAUCAAAACACUGGCUGUGUACUCGCGCGCUACGAACCUGCAGCACAGCCUUAUCUCCUGUGCGAGUGCACGGGCACAGUCUGAAUCAUAACCUGACCUCUCAAAUCCGUUUGUAGUUUUGUAAUGUGGGGCGUGCGUGCCACACAUACAACUAAUCCCUGGAUCCUCAGAGAAGGACCAUGAUUUGUGGGACGGUGUUACCGGGGGGAAAGGUGGCGUCUGCGACCUGUUGGAAAUGACAGCUGAAGAAGGCGGACUGAAGCACAGGGAUCACAGCAACAGUAAACGUAGCAGAUAGCGAAGAAACUCCCUCGCAUCACUGUGUAAAGGGUGUGUGUACGGUUGCCAUAUUUGAGAGCUUUAGCCCCGGUGGCUAGUCAUUGCACUGUGAUCUGCGGCUCGCGAGCUAACGAGACCCGAGCCGAGGGCAUGUGGGUGCAUGCGCGUGCGUGUGUGUAGCUAUAGAUUUGGGUGUGAACGUGCGUAUGUGUUCGUGUCGUGCGUUUGUAUGCGCGGAUGUGUGCCGCUGUGCUUAUCUUCGCUGUCGCCCACCUGGCACGAUAGCUAGCAUGCUAAUUUGAUAAAGCUAGUUGGCUAAUAAGAGAAAUUAGCUGACUGAGCGAGGUACCACACCAGCUUUACGACUGCGAGCCAAAUGGUCUGCUAAUACUGUGUUACAACAGUCACGUGAAUCUAUCCAUAACAGUAAAAGCUAAUUUGAUAUCUGUCACGAAUUAUCUAAUUAGCUAAUGUUAACGGUCAAGACAGCAGGCUGGCUAAUUUGCUCGGCUAUUAGCUUAGCAGCUAGGGGCAGGAGAGCUCGCUAAUUGACCUAGUUCAUGUUGACAUUCCACUGGGCUGAGCUGUGUUUACAUUACAAGUUUUUGCCUUGUUACUUUUCGGCUUCACCAUUUUACCCACAUAUUUAAACGUGUUGACAAAGAACCACUCGAUAUACUACGACUAACGUAAUGCCAUUCCACCUGACCCUAACCCAUGGGCACAUGCAAGUUUGGUUCAACAACCUGUAUGGUUAGCAGGUUUGUUCUCGAGAAAGGCAGAGGCUUUACUGUGAGUCACAAAACUAUUGAUGCAAACGUUUCGUAUUUAAAAAAACACUAUUUACAUGAGAUACUGAGCAUCAGGUUGACUUACUGAAUGACUAACAUCAGCAACACUUUGAAUGCUAUUAAAAUGUAAUGUUAGUUGGUCCCUGAUGUCACGUGUUCUUCCAGAAUGACCCCUUUUAAAAUCUCAUGGUUCACUCAAGGCUGUUGAAAACAAUGCAAGCAUUAUAUAGCAAUGAAAACAUGAAGGCUCAGGAACUAAAUCAGUCUAAACAUACAGUAAGCUGUCUGAAAACAAGUCAAAUACAGGCCUGUGUUUCCUUCUCAGGUGCUAAAUAAUACCCUCAAAACCAAACGGUUGUUAUUGGCACUGUGACAGCAUAAUCCAUCCCUCCAGGGUACCCAUCUGCACUGAGUUAGCUGUAAAAAUAAGGCUGUUGUGAUGUUAAAAUAUAUAGGUCUAUGAUAAAGGCUAACAAACCAACAACAAUGUCUCUUUACUCGCCCUCACCCCACAGGGUUGCAGCGAUGGAGUCCCUGAUGAGUGCGGUGGCACCGCGCUCCCCGGCCCCAGCCAAGAAGCUGUCGGAGGUGGACUUCCGGUCGGGGGCCACCCUGGAGCAGCUGUCAGCCCAGGUGUCUGAGCUGGUACUACUGGAACAGGGAGACUUUGGAGACCAGACCGCCUUAGAGGUUCACACCGCCAAGGACUUUAUCUUCAACAUGCUGGGCUUAGUCCAGAGGGUAGACCAGCGCCUACCGGUGGCCAACGAGUACCUGCUGCUGUCCGGCGGGGCCAGGGAGGGGGUCCUGGACCUCAACCCCGAGGAGCUGGGCGACUACGCCAAAGGGGCCGACUUCGACCUGGACUUCACCCUGCUGGUACCGGCCCUCAAGCUCCACGACCGCAACCAGCCCGUCACCCUGGACAUGAGGCACUCCCCGCCCUGCCACUCGUGGCUCAGCCUUUGCCUCUGCGACUCCAACGUCAUGUCCCGCUGGAGCAUCUGCUGCCAGGAGGAGAAUGGAUUCCCCAUUGAGGAAGACGAGGAGGAAGAGGGAGAAAUGAGUAAAGGCUCCAUCCCCUCCCUGGACUCUCCUCAUUCUCUGGAUGGAUGCUACUUCUCUCCCUCCCUGGUGACGGACUGGUUUUGGGGGGUGGUGAGCAAAGCUGUGGAGGAGCUGAGGCGCAGCCCCCAGAGAGGCAUCCCGACCCCGGACCGUCUGGAGAGGAACGGACCUCUCACCACCAUCAUCCUCCAGGCGGGCUCCAGCCGGGUGCUGUACGACCUGCUGCCAGUGGUGUCGUUUCGGGGCUGGCCUGCUGUGGCCCAAGGCUGGCUGACCGCCAACCACUUCUGGGAUGGUAAAAUCACAGAGGAGGAAGCCAUAUCUGGCUUCUACCUGCUGCCCUGCUGCUCCCCACUGGGCGGCCGGCCCGACAGGGAGUGGAGGCUGGCAUUCUCACGCAGCGAGGUUCAGCUGAAGAAGUGCAUCCCUUACCCCAUGGCCCAGGCUUUCCAAGCAGCCAGAGCCGUGUUAACUCGUAUCCUGGCCCGUCCCCGUGCGGGCCUCAGCCUCUAUCACCUGCGUACCCUUCUCUUCUGGGCCUGCGAUCGACUUCCUGCCGCUUAUCUGUCCUGCCCUGACCCCGACACCCCUGGCCGCCUCCUCCUAGGUCUCCUGGAUGACCUGUCUCAUUGCAUCCUGGGCAAAAACUGCCCAAACUACUUCCUGCCCCAGUGCAACAUGCUGGAGCACCUCACGGACGGCCAGGCGCUGCUCCUCGCCAGGAAGCUCGCCCACGUACGCUCCGAUCCCAGCGAGCACCUCCGGGCGGCUCUGGACCAGGCCCAGCAGGCGGGCCAGCUGAAGAAGGAGCUCACGGCGAGCACCAACGGCCACGGCUCCCCCGGGCACCACCUGGCCAACGGCAUCAUCUCCCCCUCGGAGGACAAGCUGGCGCAGCGGCUGCAGCAGCUGGUAACCGAGAACCCCGGGAAAUCCAUAUCUGUCUUCCUCAACCCCGAUGAUGUCACCAGGCCGCACUUCCGCAUCGAUGACAAGUUCUACUGAUGCGGAUGUGCUGCGGAGGAGAGCCACACCGGAGGGUCGGGGCACCGGGAGGGAACACGCUCCUCCUGUUCACCGUUCUUAGGCCGGAAAAAUGUAACGGAGCCUUGCUGCUUGACUGACUCUUUCAAACCAAAAAAACACACGCAUGUCCUACUACUGAGACAUCACGCAGACGUCGCACAACAGACACGAUGUCGCCGAGCGGUUGUCCACGGGGACGGCCCUCUCCUAACGAGCUGGCCUUAAUGAGACUUAUCAGCUGGUGCUACAAAGACAAGGGCCGACUUUAGUCGUGUGAAAUAGGUCCAGUGGAGCUCAGCACAGUGUGUGUGUGUGUACGCCUAAGGGUUUUAACAUAGUGCAUACCUUUCUUAAGACAGAGAGAGAAAAGCUCCUUGAUUGCUGCAUUUCUCUCCUGUUGUUUUGGAUCAGAGUGGGCGAUGGCUGAGAGGAAGAACAAGGUGCGGCUGAUGUAACUGAAUGUAAUGUUGUGAGGAGAACUGCCGAGUCUCUUCCCUCUGUCAACUACAUUUCAGCCCUCCUUUUGUUUUUACGCCCACGCCUCGAUUCAUAGCAUCUUUUUUUUUUUUUAAAUUUCAAACAAAUCUUUCUCAGGUAUUCACAACACUGAUCUUUUUUGUAAUGUGUAUGAUUUCUUUUUAGGUCUUAAACUAUAUUUCAAUGCCGCUUACAUUUCAUUAAGUAGUGGAAUGUACCAAAGAGCUGCGUUUGAGUGGUCUAAACAUCUAGCCUUGGUCCAGCUUGAUGAAUCUUCUGAGUCGUGGCCUGCAUGUUCAUUUCACUUUUGAAAGCCUGGUCACACCAGCAUUUCAAACAGCAGAAUCAACUCCUCCCAAUGGAAUCAGCACGAUGUGUGGAAGCUGCCGUUUGAGGGGGAGCUGUUGGCUUAUUAGCUGUGUUGCACCAUCCCAUUUCAUUUAACCAGCCCCACGAAAGAGGUUUGCGGGCCGUUAUGAAAAGGAGUGAAUGGUACAAACAAGUCUCUACUGUUCUGUUGGUGGUCGAGCUAAUGAAUUUGCUAACUGACAAUUAGCAUCCGUUUCUGUGUUGAACGAAACGAGAUCAAUGCUCGGUACAGAGAAAUGAAAAGAAGCUCGUCGUGAGCGUGCGAGGUUGGGUAGCGUGUUAGCGGUUAGCUCGCUAAGUAACUAGCCCUGCAAGUAAUCACUCCCAGAGCUGCAACAAUUGGCUGCACUCAUUUAUUAUUUGAUAGAAAAAACAAACAGGGAAUGCCAACUAUUGUGAUGAUGAGUCAUCGUUCCAAACUUCUUUCAACAAAAAAAUGCCAAAUCUGAUCUGAUUCCUCCUUCCUGCAUCACUGAUGUUCUCGAGCCACAUGUUCUGUGCUACUUUCUGGCAUGACCAGGCCUCGAAGAAGACUGAAAAGGAUGGUGAUAUUAUACAGUAUAUGUAUAAUACGAUGUAUUGUAUGAAGAUGUGAGAUUUGUUACAAUAUUUGAGAAAUUCUUAAAGCUCUUUUGAUUUUUGUUUUCCUACCUGAGCAGACUUUUGUGUUUGGGGUGUUAAGAUCGACCUUUUUAUGAGACAUCUAGAACAUAUAACCCUCCGUUUGAGAAUCAAAUGUGCGUAUAAGAGUGUAUUGAUUGAACAAAAAGAAUAGAAUAUCUUUAGAGUCGGGACCUCGGCUGUUUAUCUUCCAUAGUCACGACUAAGUCAAGCUACUUGACUGUCAAAAUGUCCCACAAAGGGCCCAGCACAUCUUGUUGCACAUCAUGUACUCGUGUCUAUUAACUUCAUUUUUGUGGAAACCGGUUUUGACUCGAGUGCUUCUGAUAAUUGUCCCCCAUCUCCUCUGCUUGGUUGGUCUUUUUUAAUGAGCUCUGUGCGCGCGUAUGUGUGUGUGUUCACCGAGAGACGAACCGCGCAGCAGGACGCGGAGACAAACACCCAGACGCUGCCCGUUUGAAUUAUCCCCUCAGUGGGUGCGUGUUAGUCGCUGGGCCCCAUCGUCUCUCACCAGACGGGAGUCAUCCACAGGGGGAUGGAGGGAGGGAGACAGGCCCUCCUCUGGUCCUUUGAAGAGGGGAGAUGGGCCUUGCAGGACCUGGACAGCUGCCUCUUUCUGUCAUUCUCCCACUCUCUUUCAUUUUCUCUCACUCUCGCGGCUCCAGAGUUACUCCCUCCUCCUCCCUUCCUAGCAUCCACAUUUCUCCUGAGAGAGUUGGCAUCUUUCUUCCUCACAGUUCUGGAGAUCUAGAGCCUCCAACCUUAUGUUUACACUCUUUACACUGAUUCGAUUAGGAGCUGGGCAGCCAGUAAACAUUGUAGUGGAGACGACAAGUGCAACCAGACGGGCAGUAAUGUUCCAACCGUCCACUUCCACUGGUCUGGUGGGUCUCAACGUAAAUUUGGCUGAACAAUAUCUGCAAACAAACUGAUCUGAUGGGGUUUACCAAACACUAAAACGCUGCUCCCCAUGUUGGUGCAUUGGCAGAGUAUAAAACUCUACAAAGCACAUGAUUGGUUACAGUUUGCCUAAAUGUCAAGGUGGUGGUGGUUAAUCGUGGUGAUUGUAUAGCUGCUGGUGGAUCGCUUCUCCUUCACAAAGGUGGAUGGAUAUUUCUUACAUCUGCGCUUACUACUGAAUGAUUAGUAUUUUGUUUGUUUCAGCAUCUGUCUGUACUGGUGAUUGAUUGUGUGUGAGUGACUGAGUGUGACUGUGAGACUUGAACCUGAGGAAAACCAAAGCGUGUUGUUGCAGAAUGUAUAGAUGGGUCGUGUGUGUGUGUGUGUUCAGCUGCCGGGUGUCAGUUUGUGUUCUCAGCACUUUUUUGGAAAACGGGCUCAAAAGUUAGUCGCCCAAAUUGUAGAAGUUCCACAUAGUCCUAAAGAAAGUCACAGCAUUUAUUUAUCGGGAAACACAAGUGGACGUGAAGGUACUUCCUCACUGCCGCUGUAAUGUUUGACUGAGAGUGCUGGAAGUGUAAAACGUGUCUCACUUUGUACCUUAAUGGGCCGAGUUGGAGAUUACGAGACACUGGUAACAAUCAAUGUUUUUCCUCAGCGGUGCACAUGAAUUAAAAAUUCCGUAUUUUACGAUAGUGUCACUUUUCUAGAUAUGCAACGGAGCCCCUGUGGAAAGGCCUACUCUAAUUCCAGGAACAUCUGCUGUGCAGGGCUUGCAUGGGACAUGGAUAACACCGCUACUCUAUUUAUAACCAUCACUGUUUAUUGUGUGCUGGAACUUCUGAUGAUUCUGUUUCAGAUUAAAGUCAACCUCUGUGAAUGAAUAGCAGACUAAAUACGAUGAAUGUAUCAACCAUAUCUCUGCUCCCUGCUCGAGGACGCCUCAAAUCUCACCGAUGUACUCAAGUGCUGAGAUAAGAGUCCGUACUAAAUCACUCCACAGUUUGAGAAGUAGAGUUUCAUAGCUCUAUUAAUACUUGAGUUCUUUUGAAUCAUUUUUUUAAGUGCUAAUUAUUUCCUCUGUAUCAUGAUCUCACGACUGAUUUGCUGUGUUUAUGACUGUUGUUUUCUGGGCGUUUCUAUUGAUCAAAGCUUUAGCAUGAAAUAAAUCACUACAUUUCAAAUCA